AUACAAUCAGUAGGGAAAAGCGGCCCUUCAUUCGUUUCACCCCAUUUGUUUUUCCACUUGUUUUUCCACUUCACAAAGGAACAAACCCACGCACGCGCUUCUUCCCCUUUCUACCACUCACCCGUGCGCAUAACAUACAAAUGGCGCCUCACCAGAGGUUGUUUUUCCCCCUCCUACUGCUUCUCUUUGCUGCUCUCCACCGCUUGUGCAUCCCGCUCUGCUCAUGCGAAGCCCCCAAGGGAGCCACCUCCCCCACACGUGGCAGCUCAAGCGACACCAGUCAACAUGCUCAAAAGACGCAACUAAUAAACUCCCUAAAAAAGAGGACCAACCAAAUUAGAAAAAUGUAUAACGCAUUAAACGAGAAAAGGGCAAACCUCCCUCUUUACCUGUUUGCGAACGACCACGAGGAGGAAAAAAGAAAACUCCUGAAGGACCUCUUCUUGAGGGGGCAUUUGGACUUCCUGCAGGGCCUCAACACCCCUUUGUCGAAAUACUACCUGUCCAUGCGCAGCGAGCGCAGGGCGCACCGCACGCAAGUCGAAGCCAAAAUACGCAACGAACGGGACCUCAUCAACGGCCUAAGCGUGGAAAAUAAAAAAAGACACGUCGAGGAAAAGCUCCGGGAGUAUCGAUUUUUAAAGGCCAACCUUCUCCAGCUGUACUCGACCAUAGAGAAGCGCUUCAAAUCUGUUGACUCGUUAAUGGCCCGCUUGGACGCGAACCCGAAAAAUUAAAAAAAAAGUGUCGCAUUACGCUAAAGGAUUCUACCCCCAGUGAGAGGUAAACUGUUUAAGCGCAUUUCCUCAGCAGGUGUAAAGGCAGCGCAAAUGAGCACUUCACCGUUCAAACUGUUUGGGAGAAUUCCCCCUCGAUCAAUGAGGGGCUGUUAGGUUGGCCCUCCGAGCGGACGCCUGCCAAUGCAGUGCCAGCAUUCCCAAAUUGUGUUUCUCCUCCUGAGGAGGGUUAAAUGCAUACACAUUGUUUUGCCCC